AUAUCAUAAUGUCUAUUGGAAGUAGACUUGCUAUUUUGCUCUGCUUUAGCCUCUUGCUGGCAAAUCAGGCUAAAUCUAUACCCUUGGAGAAGCGUAGCUCGGAUUGGGCGGAUUGGCUGUCUGAUCUUUUAGGCGACUACUCCGAUUCAGAGUCUGAGGAAUAUUUGCUUUGCCGCAACUGCACAGUGGUGGUAAAUCAGAAUACAAACGCUCCAACAGCAGCAACACUAACAACAGCAGCAGCAGCAGCAAGCACAGCAGCAGGAGCAAGCACAGCAGCAGCAGCAAGCACAGCAGCAGCAGCAAGCACAGCAGCAGGAGAAACCACAACUGCAAUGCCCGUUACUGGUGCUGCUCCUGCGGCGGGAUAAGCUUGACUUGCAUGCAAUUUGUUUAUAUUUUAAGCCAUGAUUUAAAUGGGAUUUGGUAUACGAGUUGUUCAUAUUUUUUAAGUGUUUAAUAAACUGUAAGUUGUUCAUGUA